GUUUCUUCGCAGUGUCUUCCUUAAAGGGGCAGUGGAUAUUUAGGGCUAGACGAGAUUCUUAAAUAUAAAUAUUUAAAGGUUGUUGCUCCCCUGCUGGAGAUUGUGAUGGAAUACUACUCAGUAUACGUUACGUUACUUUUCAACACUCUACCUUGAACCUUCUCGAUCCCUGCUAGCAAUAAUGAAUUCAGAGUACUAUGGAACUCCCUCCCAAAAUGGGUAUGGCUACUAUGGGUCUCCGCCUCCCCAGGGCCCUCCCCAAGGGUAUCAGCAAUCAUAUCCGCAACAGUACCCAGAGCCUCAGAAUCAGUACCCUCAGUCUCAAUACUCCCAGUCUUACAACGAGCAGCAGCAGCAGACCGCCCCUGGUGAGCGUGGUCUUGCCGGUGCCCUUGCCGGUGGUGUUGUCGGUGGUUUCGCUGGCCACAAGGCCAACCACGGCUUCCUCGGAACCAUCGGUGGUGCGAUUGCUGGUUCCAUUGCUCAAGACGCCUACAAGAAGUACCAGCAUGAGGGUGAACAGAACCCUCCUCCCCAGGGCGGUCACUACCCGCAGCAAUUCCCUCAGCAGCCAUACCCGCAAGCGGGUCCAUAUCAACAAUACCCCCAACAAGGUCCAUAUCCGCCGAGUCAAUUCUAUCCACUGAAUCAGCUGCAUCACAAUAAAAAGUCUGUGAUGAAAAGACAGGAGGAGGUUGAAGAGCUUCAGGACAAGAUCAACCGCGUUUCCCAGCACAUGCAGCAGGGUCCCUCUCAUCACAAGAUGAAGGAUCUGCGGAAAGACAUCGAACACUUGCAGAAGGAUCUGAGAAAGUCGCAAGAGGACUACCAGAAAGAGUUGGACAAGGCGCUAGACGACGAUGCUAAGAAGGGACGACACUAAGCUUCAGAAAGAGCAGAAACAGGGUGCAGCAAAGGCGGUAGCUAACCAGGUGAAUGGGCAAAGGUGGCUUUUCAUUGCUUGUAAGGAUCAGGGCUGUGCUGUUGAUGGUUUGGACGAUGAUUCGCAUGGACCGGCUCAUCGGGCAAAUGGAUGAAACCCAGUCUAUAGGGUAAAUAUAUGGCACAAACACCAACUACUACUAAGUCCAACUAUUAUAAUAUAUAUACAAGAAAGCUGAUAUGUACUAAAUUAUAUAAAUAUGUUAUAGGCCCUUGUA